CCUGAGGACAGAGACCAGCUAGGAACGGCGAGCUGCCGAGCAGGGCAGCCGCUCACGAGGGCUAACCAACCGAUCGAUCGACCCAACCGAUCCAUGAUUGACAUGACAUGGCCCCGGCCGUGUACCGUGUACGUGCGUGCACCCUCCUGCGGUCCUUCCCGUCCGAUAUUAAAAUGGUUCUGACAGCCAUGGAGGUGAUCCACGCCAUGUUCUCCGCGGGCCGCUUCACGUGGCCGCUCGCGCGCACCUCGCCGCGGUUGACUGCUGCGUUGGAGUAGAGUAGCUCGGCGGUGGUGGUUGGCCGCCGCCGCGUGCUCGAAACCUGUUAGAGCAGCGGAGGUCGGUUGGCUAAGGAGCGAUGGGGAGGGCGGGGAGGUGGCUCAGGAACUUCUUGGCCGGCGGCAGGAAGGAUGGGAAGAGGGACAGGCCAAACGCCGAGGCCACGCCUGGACCGGGACCGGGGGCGACGCCCAAGGAGAAGAGGUGGAGCUUCCGGCGGCCGGUGGCGCUGGCGCCGGAGCAGCCGGGGUGCGGCGUCGUGCCGCGUGAGUCCGCCGACGGCGUUGGCGCGUCUCGGUCGUCAGCGACGUCGGAGGCGGGGUUCGACGAGAAGAAGCGCGCCGUGGCAGUGGCUGUGGCGACUGCGACCGCGGCAGACGUGGCGGGCGCCGCGGCGCAGGCGGCGGCCACUGUGGCACGGUUGUCUUCCCGCAAGGUGCCGCACCUGACGCCGCCGGCGAGCCUCCUCGCCGAGGGGGCGGCGGCUGUCAGGAUUCAGGCAUCCUUCAGAGGCUAUCUGGCGAGAACGGCGCUGUGCGCGCUGAGGGGCAUCGUGAAGCUGCAGGCGCUGGUGCGGGGGCAGCUGGUGAGGAAGCAGGCCAAGGCCACGCUCCGGUGCAUGCAGGCCCUGCUCGCGGCGCAGUCCCAGCUGCGCGCGCAGCGCAUGCGCUUCCUCCAAGUCCAAGACCACCACCCCCACCACACACCGCCGCCCAGGCCACGACCGUCGUCGCAGCACUCGAGGCACCGCCUAUCGUCCUACGAGAUGGACCGGUCGAGCGAGGAGAAUGUGAAGAUCGUGGAGAUGGACAGCGGCGACCAGCCGGCGCGGCGCGGCGGGGCGAGGGGCGGUGACAGGCAGUACUCUUCCGUCGAGUACCACCACGGCGGCGGCAGGUGCUCGCCGGCGCCGUCGGCCAUGACGGAGCUGAGCCCGAGGGCGAGCAGCUGGCACGUGGAGGACCACCUGUCCUUCGGGACGGCGCACAGCAGCCCGCGCUCCCACUCCCACAACGCGUCGGCGGCCAUGGCGGAGCCGGCGGCGUCGGACCUGGCGUUCCCGAGCUACAUGAGCAACACCGAGUCGUCGAGGGCCAAGGCGCGGUCCCAGAGCGCGCCGAAGCAGCGCGCCGCCGCCGAGGCGCUGGAGAGGCAGCCGAGCGGCAGGCGGAAGGGGGCGGAGCACAGGAGCGUGCCGCGGGGCGCCCGGAUGCAGCGGUCGUCGUCGCAGCAGCAGGCCGGGUCGGCGCCGCGGCAGUCGCCCUUCUUCCACCGGCCGUGGUCGUCGUCGACGUCGGUCAGGCUGGACACGUCGACGGCGUCGCUCAAGGACAGCGAGUGCGGGUCCACCACCAGCUCCGUGGUGACCGCGGCCACCACCGUGUCCACCGUCUACAGCCGGACCCGCUCGCUCGUCGGAUUCGAGGUGCGCAGGGCCCUGUAUUAAUAUUAGUGAAUUGCUGGGUUGAACCGCCGGAAACUUCAUGAAAUGUUGCUUGAUAGUCUCGUUCGUGUGUGUGUUGAUGAGAGUUCAGAGCCUAGUAGAGUGUUGUACAUACGUCCGAGUCAAGCACUCCUCUUUUUUAUUUUGGCUAUUCGAGUCAAGUACCAAGUGUACAUUUUUUUAAUACAUAGGGCAUAUCUGUGACAUGAUGGCUGCGGGGUACUAAGUGUAAUUAGAAAUGUACUAUACUGGUUUACCACUAGUGGCACAGUGUAAUAAGCUCGUAAUUUGCUCA